AUGGCACAAGCAUCUGAGUCUUCUCAGCCUACUGAACUUCAUGACCACCACUUCUCACUGGAAGAUGGUCUCAUUCCCGCUUCCACCACGGGGGACUGUGAAGGUAGCUCAGAGGAGGCAUCUCAUGAGUUUUCUGGGUGCUUUGUUUCUCCCAAGUUCAUAUCCAGGUUGCUUAUUGAGUGGGGAGAGUACCCUGCAGUGCCUAUAUGUUUCCGCUUUGAGGCACAACAGGAAAAGCUUGAAGAGGCCCUUAUUGGAGCUGGAGUGAAGAUUUCACUGUUUAUUUCCGGCUUUUGUGAGGUUUACAAAGAUGACAUUUGCCUUUGCCAUGUGGUACGAAGAUGGAGCCCUGAGACUCACACGUUCAUCUGUUCCUGGGGGGAAUUUACUCCUUCUCUGGAAGAUGUUUGCAAUAUUAUGAGAAUCCCGAGCAUUGGAGAUGGCAAUCCCUUCAGGAUAGAGAUGAAUAAGGCGCAGAGAAGAAGUUGCAGCUUCUGGAAAAGGGUGCUCAUGACUUUAAAGAAGUGUUCCAUUUUUGUAACUGGGUUCAUCUUUGAGGAUUUUCCCUAUGAGAACGUGCAGCAACGAGCCUUCCCAUUGGCCAUUAUGCUAGCAGCCGGUACUUGUUUCCCUCUUGCUCCUCUCUUCCUUGGUCAUCUAUAUAGGAAGCUUGAUCAGAUUUCAAAGGGUGACAAAGAAGGUGCGGGGCAGUAUGGCAUUGACUCUUUAGUAUCUAGCUUCUUCCUUCAAGUAUGGUUCAGAAGGAAGGCCAAGAAGGGUGCAUUUAGGCCUACUGUUUUGGAUGACAUUAGGCAGUUCAAUUUCAGGCCAUAUUUUACUGCUCAUGGCUUCCAGGCAUUUCCUUUCUUUUAUCCAGAGGGUAAUUCAUCACCGUUCUUAGAAUCGGUUGAGUUGCUUCUUGCCACUAGUGCACAGUCCAUAAUAGCAUGUGGCGAUUUCUUUGACCCUGUGAUGGAGAAGUAUUCCCCUCAUAGAGUUAAGAGGCAGUUUGGCAUUGACCAGGAUGUGCCAUCGCAUCUAUCUUACGGUGGACAUCUUGGGGACUGCAUCAUGGGUUUCACUCAGAUAGAUGGUAUUUCUUGUAGGGUAUGCUCUCAAAUAGUCUCAGGAAGAAGGACUGUGUUGGCUCCCCUACAUCAACGUUCUUGA